UAAUAGUCGUAGCUUAUGUUCAUCGCGAGUAGUAAAAAAAACACCUAAAGUGGGGGUGAUCUGAGACUCGCCACGAGACUCCGACGCGAUUCUUCUCUCAAUGGACAAGUUGAAUACAUAGAUGCAGUUUUCAAGUGUGAUGAAACAGGACUUGUCGUCGACUUGCAUUUAUUGUUCCCGCCAAAUUUAAAUUUCGUCGUAUUGGUUCGCGCCGCGUUGUUUUUUAAUUGUUUUAUUAUUUAGUUUUGUAAGGUUUUUUUCUUGUGUUUAAGCAUUUUUUUUGUAAAAUGAGUAAAAUGUCGUAUAAUUGUUUGGUUUUCGCGUUUUUCGCCGCUGUUAUGUUUUCCUCCAUUCAAACAGGAUACGGUUUCAAAUGUUGGUUCUGCAGCUCGCAAAUAGACAGGAGGUGCGGAGACACAUUCAACAGCACCGAUGCUAUUAGACACGAAGAAUGUAACUCUGGAUAUUACCCCAAUUCAAAUAUCAGAUUUGUUUGCAGAAAAAUUAAAUAUCGCGGUGAAAACAACGAAGUAUUCGUCUCUCGUAGCUGCACUCAGGAAGGCGAACGUGAAAACGAACCAUGUUCCGUCAAUCAACUCAGCACUUAUGGAAGAGUCGAACACUGUAGCGUCUGCUCCACCGAUCUUUGCAACUCAGCACCUGCCUUGUUCCAAAUAACCUCCGCAGUAGUCGGACCAGUAAUCAUAUUUUUAACAAAAAUAAAUAUCUUAUAAGUCUACUUAAAUUACGAUCGUCUCUGUACAAUAUAAAAAACCAUGUUAUUUGUUUUCUUUCUCUAUUCUGUAAAACUAUAAUCUCAGUGAUGCUGUACGUGAGAAAGAGGUAGGUAUGUCUGCAUUAAAAACAAAACCAAAAAAACAAGCGCGAGUUAAGGUGUAUUUUAUUUAUAUUUGUAAAUAUAAUUUUUCGUAUUCGUUAUAAUUUUUUCACGACUUUAAUUGCUAUUUAAGCGAAUCGAUGAAAAACAAUUAAAACAUCUUUGGUACCAAAGACAUAAAAUUGAAACGCUUUUUUUCGUCAAUUUGAUUAAUUUUUUUUCUAUUUAAGGACGUUAUGUAUUAAGAGAAGUUAUUUUAUUUUCCUAUUUUGUUACGAUUGGUAGAAUUCUUACAAUAAAUAUUUGCAAUAAAGAGGAAGAAAAUUUCAUCUCAGUGAAACCCUCACCGUUGUUCAGAUGUGAGAGUUGGUAUAGGUAUUUUAAGUGUUACGCAAAUUUUGAGAAUUCAUGAUUACAAUAUCAGAAAUCCGUCCAAAAAAAUGGUUUAAUUAAAAGUUUAUUAUUAAGAAUCUUAUGUUAUAAUAUGUUUUUUUUUUUUUUUUUUGUAUAAUUUAACACGUGUUUAUGAUUUUUAAAAAAAUAUAAAUAUACGUACUGUUUAUCGAUCACGAUUUAUUAUUCUUUGCAUGAUUGAAAAAAAUAUUCAUCGAGUUGGAAAUCCGCUAAAAAUUUGAAAAAUGUUACAUUUUAUAUUUUUCAGGCAUGCAAUUAUGCAACUUGCAAUGAAGCUAUGAUACAAAAGUUGCCUAUAUACAACGGUAUUUUAGACAUAUUUUUUAUUUUUUUAAAUUUUUUUAAUACUGGGCAUUGUUUUUCAAUACUAUUCAUCUUUUCUGGUCUCUCUGAAUUUAGAAUGGACUGUAUGUAUACCUAAAAAAAGUUUUUCGUGGACCUGAACACACUCUAUUUGGCAAUCACGUACUGUUUUAAUGAAUUAUAAAAAGAGACAGAUCAAUUAAAAUGAAAAACGAUUAGGUAGAUGAUGCUAAAAUUAUAUUCGGUGUUAGUGUUAUGUAAAUUUUGCAAUUAGAUUAAAAAGACCAUCUUUAAGACACUCCUUGGCUCCUCUUCCCCAUCUAAAUCGGUGUUAAAGUCCAAUUAAAAUCAUAAAUGAACGUUUCGUUUCAACGCCAAAUGAUUUUGAUAGCGAAUUGUUUUCGUUUUUACAUCAAAUCGAUUAGAUUUUACAUAUAGAAAUAGAAAACAAGUUCUUGGUUAAUUUUUGACCAAAAUUAUUAUCGUUUAAUUAAUUGUAAAUAAGCAUUGAUACAAAUCACCAAUAGAAUUUUCAACUGUUGUGUUCGUAAUUUGUACAUACCUGCCUAGCGAUGAACGUAACUGGAUAUUGCACCCUUUCAGUCCUGGGAUUGAUUCUAUUUUUCACCACUUCUGGUAAUUCCAUUCGUUGCUGGAUUUGCAAUUCCAAAACUGAACCUGCGUGUGCUGAUCCAUUUGAUAACCGAACACUUCCUUUGCAUGAUUGUAGAUUGAUUGAUCCUCGUCCACCUCAAAAAUCUGAUCUGAAAUUCACAUUGUGUGGGAAAAUAGUGCAAAAAACAG